AUGGCCCUCAUCUUCGAGGCCAUCAGCCUAGCCGUAUCGCUCAUGACAAUGGUCCUGAUGCUGUACAGCUACCGCCAGCACAGCUUUCCGAUCCUGCGUCCCCGGUGUCUCGGCCUCCCGAUGGAACAGCUCCCGGACGUUGAGCGCGGGCUGUCGACGCCUAGGAAAACGUACGCCUACAGCACGCCGCCUGACACCCCGGAGCUUGAAUUGGAUGCCUAG